GGAUUUUUUAUUUUUAUUUUUAACCUAUGCUAUUUCAGUUGAAGUCUUUAUUUCUGAGUUUGACCUCUUUCCUGUAGGAUGAAUUCUAGGUUCUUCUGAGUGUGGAUUCCAUAGGCAGCCAUAAUUAAUACUUUACCAUGUAAUUUCUCAGAGACUGGGUGCAUGUGUGGAGAGUCUUUGGCAAACAAGUGGGGUUGGUGUCCACAACCCUUUCUUAGUUUUUCUCCAGGCAGGUUAAAAUUUGUUCCUUAAAAGUGAGCAAGUAAAGUAAAUUCAGAAGUUUUGAUGUUGGGAUGUGGACUGGUCUGAAGGAUGUAAGAGGGAAUAAUCAUGUUCAGUUGCUUUGGCUUUCCUUAAGCUCUGAUGAAACCGGUCUCAUUAUUGGGAACAUUGCAGCCAAGUGGCCUAGCAGCAUGAGAACACAAAAACAGUCGUCUUUGACUCCUUGUGAAGUGUUGCUCCAGUUACACUGUUAGCGUUUACUGGAUCCUGUGCUUACAGGCACAGGACUCCAUAGAAGAAGAGCUCCAAAAACUUCUAUAAAACUGAAUCAGACCAAUGACUAUUGCCCAGAAGAAAAGAUGUUUGGUUUUCACAAGCCAAAGAUGUACCGAAGUAUAGAGGGCUGCUGUAUUUGCAGAGCGAAGUCCUCCAGUUCUCGAUUCACUGACAGUAAACGCUAUGAAAAGGACUUCCAGAGCUGUUUUGGGUUGCAUGAAACUCGUUCAGGAGACAUCUGUAAUGCCUGUGUCCUGCUUGUGAAAAGAUGGAAGAAGUUGCCAGCAGGAUCAAAAAAAAACUGGAAUCAUGUGGUAGAUGCAAGGGCAGGACCCAGUCUGAAGACUACUUUGAAACCAAAGAAAGUGAAAACUCUAUCUGGAAACAGGAUAAAAAGCAACCAGAUCAGUAAACUACAGAAGGAAUUUAAACGUCACAAUUCUGACGCUCAUAGUACCACCUCAAGUGCCUCCCCAGCUCAAUCUCCUUGUUAUAGUAACCAGUCAGAUGAUGGCUCAGACACAGAGAUGGCCUCUGGCUCUAACAGAACGCCGGUUUUUUCCUUUUUAGAUCUCACAUACUGGAAAAGACAGAAAAUAUGUUGUGGAAUUAUCUAUAAAGGCCGUUUUGGGGAAGUCCUCAUUGACACACAUCUAUUCAAGCCUUGCUGCAGCAACAAGAAAGCAGCUGCUGAGAAGCCGGAGGAGCAGGGGCCAGAGCCUCUGCCCAUCUCCACUCAGGAGUGGUGACUGAGGUUUAGGUAGAAGGGGAACAAAAAUGAUUUAAAUUUUGGAAAGAAAACAAAGCAACAAAACCCUCCUAUUUUUAACUUGGAUACAUGCUAUUCUGCCAAAAGACAAUUUCUAGAAUAGUUUUGAAUGGGUUAUUUCUUCUCCAGUUCCACAAACUCUGAAGCCAGUGUCUAGCUUACUGAAAGAAAAAAAGAAGUGUACAUAAUAUUUAAGAUGCUGAGUAUUUCAUAGGAAAGCUGAAUGCUGCUGUAAAGUGCUCUUUAAGUCUUUUUUUUUUUUAAUCCCCUUCUAAUGAAUGAAACUAGGGGAAUUUCAGGGGACAGAGAUGGGAUUUGUUGUAUGAUAAACGUAUGUAGUUUUAGUCUUUCUAUAUUGAGAAGCAGUGGUUGGGGCAUUUUUUAAGACGGCUAUCCUUGUUUUCCUUCACGAUAAUAAAUUUGUCAUAACUCAGUAACAUGGACUUGCCCCUAGAGGUAGUUGUUAAUAAUUCUGAAAAAAUAAGGUCUUGCCAAGGUUCUGAUGAUUCAAACCUGUACUACUGAAUAUGAAGCAGGACAGACUAAGCUCUGGCGCAAAUACCUUGAAGGAGUAAUCUCUAAAUAUACAGAGAGGUAACCUGACUGUAUAUGUUGCAUCCUGUGUCACCUCCAUAUUGAUAUUUGAUAAAAGAUUUUUAUCUAUAUUGAAACUUCUAAAGCAGAGUCAAAUCUUUGGGGAAAUGUCAAGUUUUAGGAUGAGCAGUCCUAGAUGAAUAGUACCAAAGCAUUACCACCUGGUAGAGAUCACAUUCUGUUAAAAAGGUUAAAUUAUCUUAAAAAAAUGUGCAAGUCUUCAGGAUGGCGCACACAAAAAAACAAAGGUUAAUGCUUCUUGGGGCACAUUUCUUAGAGGGCUUGCCUAGUGUGUAAAUAAUUGACUUUUGUUUGUGUUACAUGACUGGUGACUUCAUCGAAAAUCUGCACAAUUCAGUUUUAGCUCUGGAUUACUUCAGUUGACCUUUGUGAAGGUUUUAUCUGUGUAGAGUGGUUGUUUGACUUGUUUUAACCUAUUAGGGUUUUGGGUGGUAUUUUUUUUUUUUUUUUUUUCACAUAUUAAAGUAAAAUUCUACUAAAAGAAAAGAGGUGUGUGUUAAUGCUGAGUGGGUUGGCUUAGGUUUGGUUUCUUCUAGUCAGGCUUUUUGAACCUUGAGAUAUUAGACGAUACAUCCUGAACAUGGAGCUCUUCAGUUCUAAAAUCUUCAUUUGAAAGCCUUUUACUUGAACCCAAACCAAAGUACUCUCAUUGCCUCUUUUCUAAAUGUUCAGAAAAAAUGUAUCACCAGAUCAUACUUUUCAUAAUAAGGGAGGAUCAUUUGCCUACCUUAUAUUAACAUGACUCAGUGCUUAUUUUUAAAACUGGAUUUUUAAAAUUGGAUAGUAUAAAUAACAAUAAGGAGUGAGCCACUUUUUAUGGGCACCCUAUAGUUUUAUAGUUCUUAAUCUAAACUUAAAAUUUUAUAUUUCUUCCUUAUGGCAAAAACUACAAGCCACCAUAUAUGCACAGACUACACAGUGAGUUGGGUUGGCUCUCCCACAGCCGUUGAGGUGUGUUACAAGAGUCCCGGCCAUGAUCAUCUUCCUCCUGUCAUUUUGAAAUGGUUUGUUUUUUUGUUUUUUUGCUUUUUGUUUUUGUACAUUUUGGCUACAGUAUUGGUGGUAGAAUAUACUAUAAUAUGGAUCAUCUCUACUUCUGUAUUUAUUUAUUUAUUGCUAGACCUCAACCACAGUCUUCUUCAUCCCCUUCCACCUCUUUGCCUGUAGGAUGUACUGUAUGUAGUCAUGCACUUUGUAUUAAUAUAUUAGAAAUCUACAAAUCUGUUUUGUACUUUUUAUACUGUUGGAUACUUAUAAUCAAAACUUUUACUUAGGGUAUUGAAUAAAUUUAGUCUUACUAGAAAAUAAAA